AUGGCACAGAAGACACUAUUUUAUGCAACAGGCAUCCUUUUUUGGGCUACCAGCAGUACGGCUGCUUUAAAUUCCAUGGCUUCUGCAGGAGGUGCCGUACCCGCCCAGACAUUGGCCCUGCUUGGUCAGUUGACCCUUGCUUCUGUGGCGCUCUCAGCCACGACUGAAGACGUGCAUGCACAAAUGGCACCUGCUUCGCAGGAUGAUUGCAACUCGUUCAUGACAUUGUUGUUGGGACCUCUGACCACAGAAUGUGCAGAGCUGGCUCGAGAUCUUCAAACAGUAGCCACAACCAGCACGGACUGCAAGCGCGUUUACGAUUUUUCAAAGCCCAAAUUGGACGGUAUGUGCUCUAACAAAUGUUAUCCAACUAUGGUGCGUGCUUUGGACGGUAUGGCAAAAGCUGGCUGUUCUGCUGACGGUGUCACGAAGAUGAUGUGCGACCAAUGCGAGGAGGGCACGGCCUGUGUCGAGGGCGUGUGCCGGCCACUGUGUUCGGCCACGAAGCCGUGCGCUUGCAACGAUGAGUGUGUGAAUGGAUCAUGCCAGUCGUCGGACCAAGGUGGCUUGCAGCGCACGGAUAUGGGCACAUUUGGGUACAAAAUAUCGCUGGAGCACUUGUGCCUGAAGGCCCCCCUGGCGCUUCCAGACACGGACGCCCCAGAUGCCAGCACGGCUGCAAAGGAGCAGCAGAUGGCGUUGGCCAAGGAGGACUACUGCUUUUCAAGCGUGUUCAAUGCCUUGGAAGGAUUGACACCCGAUGUCUGCGAUAAGCUGGCCGCCACGGGAUGUUGCGCCGGGACAGUAAUGCAAUACGGAGUGACAUGUGGGCUGGCGAACGAUACGGUGAAACUCAACGGGGGGGCACCCAUGCAACUGACUGCUUUGGCCAAUUUCUGCCCCGAUGUGGACUUUAAAACCAAAUGCAGCAAUGCUCCUGCGUACGCGGACGGCAUGUGUAAGGUCGGGUACGUGGACGGCCCGGGGACCGAACUGCCCUUCCCAAGCCUGGCAAGCUUCGCCCGUGGAAGUUUUGACAUGGCGGGGCUUUAUGCCCUGGCUGGGGGUAUCUCUUUCAUGUGCCUCCUUUUGUUGACGGUGUCGAUUCUCCAGAAACGAGGGCACGUCCGGGGUCAAGCCGAGGCGGCGGACGCGGCAGAUGCGGGGAAGACGAAUGUCUCCUCACCCGCGGUUUCACCCGUAGCCUCCCCCAUCGACAAGAUAUAG